CGAGUAUCUAUCAAGAGUCAAAAUGACUACCUGCGUCAGUGGAAGGAUAAGACUGAUGACUACUUGGACCUGCUCCUUCGCCGGGAGGGUCCUCCUUCCGACAGAACUUGCUCGGUCUGUCCAAAGGACGGAGUCUACAAAUGUGACGGCUGCAUGGGCAAGCCUCUCUUUUGCACUCAUUGUUGUAGGACUGCUCAUAGCCGCAUGCCAUUCCAUCGGAUCAGUCAAUGGAAUGGAGGAUUCUUCGAGGACACUUCCUUGACCAAGAUCGGUCUGGAAAUCCAUCUCGGUCAUGCAGGAGAGCCUUGCCCCGGGAUGACCGACGACUGGUAUGACACAGAUGAUGAAGGGGAUCAUUUGACCGAAGGACCUUGGAUACCCCUGGUCAACGAUCCUCGCACUAUAAUGGUCGUGGAUACAUCGGGGCUCCACUCCUUGACCAUCAGAUUGUGCCAGUGUCCCGGGGCGCCGAGUGCCGACAUGCAAUUAUUCGAGAUCGGCCUCUUCCCAGCAUCCUUCAUUUCGCCGAAGACAGUAUUCACAUUUGCUGUGUUGGACGACUUCCUGUUGGACAAUCUGGAAUGCGGCACGUCGGCAAUGAAUUACUACAGUAAGCUAAGGCGUGUCACCUCCAGCGUCUUCCCUCAUUUGGUGCCGGUGAGUGAUGCCGAUGUGCAGCACUUCAUCGCUGAUUGUUGUCGACAGGACCGAUACCGGGAAUUGAUGCGGGUCGGCAGACAGUGGCGACAACUCAAACAGCUCAAGUGGCAUGGGUUCGGCCAUGAGAAGCGAAAGCCAAAGGCAGGGGAGCUCGCCCUCUUCUGUCCUGCAUGUCCGCAGUCCGGCGUCAAUUUCCAUUUGGCAGACAGGAAUCGGUCCGACCCUGCCUGGCUGUAUUCCAGGUCUUUGGUGAUGGAUGGCAAUUUUAAGGCCGAGCACUUGCAUCCUGCCAAUCCGACCGACGAGGUGGCCUUGACCGACGGCUUGGGAUUCAUGGUCGGCGAUGCCCGAUACAAAAUGCAUCUCGCCGAGGCGCAGGAUACCAAUCAAAGAUCUGAUUGCAACAAUCACCGAGCGGUCAACCAAGCAAAUGCAUCUCGGCACAAGCUCGAAGCAACCGGCAUCGGCGGGUGUGCUUGCGCCAGACAUGGAUGUUUCGUUCCCCAUUCCAUGGUGGACUUUCAAAAGGGGGAAAGGCAGAUGAACAUGGAUUAUGCGCUGUGCCAAGCCCUGUCCUACAAGACCGACGGCAUCGACCGAGCAUUCACAUUCUACGACAUUAAUUGUCAAUACCACAAGCAUCUCAACCAGAGGAUUGACGCAUCCCCAUAUCUCGGCCUUCCAUGGGGCAUGGACAUCAUUCCUGGCAUCGGCCUCUGGCAUGUUCACGGACAUCAAGACAAAUGCUACGUCCGGUAUGCCUCCAACUUCAUUACCGGCGCCGCCAGGAUAGAUGGCGAAAUAAUGGAGACCUUGUGGGCGCCAUUGAAUAUUAUAUCACCGUCGGCGAGGGGGAUGUCCACCCCACACCGAAAGGAGUGCUUGGACUAUCAAAUGAACGACUGCAAUUUUAUGAAGAUGAUUCGCAUGAGCAAAUUCCUUUGCCGGAAAUUUAAGGAAGCUGUGAAGGGAGUGAAGGACAGCCGAUAUGCAUUUGACCGGUUGAGCGAGACCGCCGACGAAGAAACCCUUGCAAAAUGGGAGGCCGAGGCCGAUGCCGCUCAGAAUGACCGACUGGAAAAUCCCAGUGCCAUGGACAUAUAUGAAGUUAAAUUAACAAAAGCGCCGACGAAAAAACAGCAAGAGUUGCGCCUGUUGAAUCGCCAGGCAAGAUGGCCGGCCGGCGAGCUCCACCGCGGUGCUGUGACUUGGCUGGCCGCUGGAAUUACGCUUGAGGAGGCCCAGGUAGCCCUCCUAAUUGACGUGAAGAAGCUGGGAAGGAGGCCGACCGACACCCAAAAGCUCGCAAUGGCUCGGCGCCGAGAUAGAUUGCAAGGCCAACUCGAUGAAUUCAUCAGGAUCGCAGUCACAUUUCUCGGCGAUGAAUAUGAAGGAUAUGACCAGUUGGAUGUCAUGAACGUCAUGUUGGAUGCCGCAGAAUUGGAGUCGGUAGGUUCAUUGUCUGACAAUGCCGAUCGGUCGGAUGAUGAGGACGAUGAUAUGCCGGUGGAGUUCAAUCCCGAGACCGUGGUUAUUCCAUUGCCGUCCAAUAUCGGCAUUGAAAGGUGUGCCGAGUGGGGCGUCGCCGACCUUGUGCUGCAAGAAAUAUCUUUAAGAGAAGGCCAGGCAAAUGACGCUUUGCAUGCCAUCAGGGUUAAUUUGGCCGACAAAGCUGUUCUCUUUCGGACAACAGUUCGGUCGGCAAAAUCACAAGCUCGGUCGACCAGGGCAUGGGCUCAGGUGCACUCGGUCGACAAGGUUCUUUAUUUGAACACUCAGAUUUACUCUAAAUGCCGCAGGCAGCUCAUCAGCCUCGGCGCCGAUGACUUGCUCACGAAAUAUCGGCCGUUGCAGAAGGAGGACCUCAAGGCUACUACAGUAGUGGCCGACCCGAAUGCACGCGGUCAAAGGAAUAGCACGCUGGCAUGGUUCUGGUCCAUUGAUGUUGAGGGGGACUCCACAAGCAAUGACUGGAUGGAUGAAUGUGUGCACUUCUCCGACCGACCUUGUGCCGAUCCGAGCUAA